UGUUUGCCGUACUUGGAUUGAAAGUGCGUCUCGGAACUGAUAUUUCCGUAAAAUUUGUAUUCCGUAAAUAAAUAUAUAAUUCGCUAAAUUGAUAGUGUUCAAACAACUUAUUAACUUAUAUAGCUUUAAGAAUAGAGUAUUGUAUUUGAACAAACAUUUAAUAACAUAGAGUUGUAAACAAAUAUCUAUUCUUACGUGUAUGAUGGGAAAAGACUAUUAUCAAAUUCUUGGUGUAUCCAAGGGAAGUGCAGAUGAUGAAAUUAAAAAAGCUUAUCGAAAAUUAGCACUUAAAUAUCAUCCAGAUAAAAAUAAAGCUCCUGGAGCUGAAGAAAAAUUCAAAGAGGUAGCAGAAGCAUAUGAAGUAUUAAGUGAUAAGAAAAAACGUGAUAUAUAUGAUAAAUAUGGAGAAGAUGGGCUCAAAGGAGGUGCUGGCCAAGGAAACAGCAGUAACAACUAUUCAUAUACGUUUCAUGGCGAUCCAAGAGCAACAUUUGCUCAAUUCUUUGGUUCUUCCAAUCCAUUUGGUAACUUAUUUGGCAAUAGUAAUUCAAUGUUUGAUGAAGAAAUGGACUUCGAUGAUGGUUUUAUUAGAAUGUCACAUGGACCACCUGGAAUGGGUGCAUUUAGGUCACAGUCAUUUAAUGUCCAUGGAACACCAAUGGGACGAAGUAAAGAUAAAGUUCAAGAUCCAGCCAUCGAACAUGAUCUAUAUGUGUCAUUAGAAGAUAUAAUGAGAGGGUGUACCAAAAAAAUGAAAAUUUCAAGGCGAGUACUUCAAGCAGAUGGAACAUCGAGAAAGGAAGAUAAAGUAUUAACCAUCAAUGUUAAACCAGGUUGGAAAGCUGGUACUAAAAUAACAUUUCAAAAAGAAGGAGAUCAAGGAAUGAAUAAAAUACCUGCAGACAUUGUUUUUAUAAUAAGAGAUAGACCUCAUCCAAUUUUCAAACGUGAAGGAAAUGAUAUUAAAUAUAGCGUUUCAAUAUCUCUUAAACAAGCACUGUGUGGUACAGAAAUAGUAGUUCCUACUUUAACAGAUAAAAAAAUACCCCUCAAUUUAAAAUCAGAAGUAAUUAAACCAACAACAGUUAAAAGAUUACAAGGUCAUGGUCUUCCAUUUGCUAAAGAACCUUCAAGAAGAGGAGAUUUGUUAGUAUCAUUUGAUAUAAAAUUUCCUGAAAUUCUUUCUCCAGCUAUAAAAGAUAUAUUGUAUGACACUCUACCAUGAGCAAUUGUAAUUGGUCCACCAUUUUUUUUUUUGCCUUUUAUUAUUGGCUCAUGUAUUUUGUGUAAUGAAAAUAAAGUUUUUUUUUACAUAAACAUAAUAUAUAUAUAUAUAUAUA